AUGGAAGUGCAUCAUCACACACAGGACUCUGAGGAAACAUAUGGUGAUGCUGAUAACUUGAGCUUGUACCAGCAGCUGUACAGCUAUGCUACUCAGGGCAACACAAAUAGAUUCCAGGACACUAUUGAAAAGGAGCUUCAGGAUCCCAAUGCUCGCGUUCAGUUUCUGUCUAGACAGAGUCCCCAGAAAAACACAUUUGUUCACAUAGCUGUGAGCUUCGGCCAUGUCGAACUAGCAGCCAAGAUCUUACAACAACACAAGCCCCUUUUGUUAAAGAAAAACUCCGAAGGUGACACUGCGCUCCACAUUGCGGCCAAAGCUGGGGAUGUACAUACGACAACAAACACUCUUCUCCGUGAAGCACAAGGAACAACAAACGUUGAAAAUACUGAUGAUGUAUUGACGUUGCUGAGGAUGAAAAAUAAUGAGGAAAACACUGCCCUGCACGAAGCCCUGAUUCGAGGUCACCAAUUAGUAGCCAAGCGUUUGAUAGAGGCCGAUCCUACCGUUUCACUUUACACUAAUAAGGAACAAAAGUCCCCUCUGUAUCUGGCCACUGAAGAAGGGCUUGUUGAGAUAGUGAAGCUAAUAAACGAAAAAAGCAGUUGA